AUGGGGUUCAUUCGAUUCUUCCGGUCUUUGAGGACCACAAGUACGGCCAAAGACAUCACCGUAGAAUUCACCGUCCGAGAGAUUGAGAACCCCUCGUCAAAAUCGUCGACGUCCUCUUCGUCGCUGCCGUGCAUAUCUACGCAGCAGCGUGCUCUUCUGCUCCAUGGCCCCAAACAGCCUUACGCCGAAGUGUUAGACCACCCCAUUCCGCCACUUUUGGACAACCGAGAACUUCUGGUCUGGAAUAGAGUGAUCGGCCUCAACCCAAUCGAUUGGAAAGCACCAGAUUUCAACUUCGGCAUUCCAGAACUCCCUUACAUAUCAGGUCGUGAGCUUGUGGGAGAGGUCGCCAUAAGUCCAAGGCAGGAGUCGCGCUUCAAACCCGGCGACUCGGUCAUUGUCAUAUCCACGGACUAUAGGGACCUUCGCAAAGCCGCUUACCAACAAUGCGUGGUCGCCACCGAUUUCAACACUUGCCGUCUGCCAGCGAACGUAACCCCUGAAUCGGGAGCGGGACUAGGCGUGGCCUUCGUUGCCGCAGCUCUUUGUCUUGGUAUUUGUGUUGGACUCGAUUUCUCCAAAGUGGCAAAUGGACCGAACCUUCUCUCAAUAGUGAAAGGAUUGGACCCUCAGCGACUUCCGGAGGACAUCAGGUCGGAAUGCUUGAAUGGGAUUAGCCAGACUGAAAAGGCUCGACCAGGGGACUGGCUCGCGAUCUGGGGCGGUUCCUCCACCAGUGCUUUUAUUCUGAACCAGAUUGCCAGGCUUAUUGGACUACGGACAAUCAGCAUUAUGGACUGCCGCAAACAUGCCCUGAGAGUGUCUUCAGAUUCGAGGACCCAACCGGAUAUCGUCGUUGACAACCACAACCCUGAGAGAGCCAUCGAGAUAACAAGGUCAGUGACGAACAACAGUCUGCGAUUUGCCGUGGACACGGUCGGGCGAGAUACAGCUAAGCACUUAAUGCAAUGCUUGCAACAGCAUUGCGAACCUGUCGACAAUGAAGACUCGGCAACGACACUCACACCUACACCCACACUAAAACCAGAUGCAGGGCAUGCUGCCGCCCACUUGGUAGGUCUGACUGGAUUACCGAAAGGGUCGCCGCCAACCAAUAUCACCUUUCACACCGUGCCCAUCAAAGUGUUCCACGAGAUCCCGGAGCUGGGCGAGGUAUUGAUGCUCUGGCUAGAGCGACUACUAUCUCAAGGUCUCUUGGUACCCCCAACAAUCUUGGGGGUGAGAGAAGGUUUCGGUGCCAUCAAUGAUGCUCUGGAUUCGAUGCGGAGGGGUGAAGUCAGUGGUGGCAGACUGGUGGUCAGGGUCUAG